AUGGGAGGAGACCAAGGAGAGACGACCGCUGAUCCCACUGUCCAGCGUCACCGACUAUUGGGAGACCAAGCCCUACGACAGCAGCCGCAACAGGCGCGGCCCCGACCCCGACCCGCCAUGCAGCAGCCGCCGCGGGGCUUCCCCGUCGCUGCUGGAACUGGAAUGCCGCCGUCGCAGGGAUCCGGGAGUCUCGUCUCGGCGGAGGCGGCGCGGACGCGCGCGGCGGAACAGAUGGCAUUUGAGGACGCAUGGAAGGCCCUAAACCCGGACUUCAGGACGCCCUUCGCCUCCGUCGAGGACGCCGUCAGCAGGCUGCUACCCUACCACGUGUUCGCAGACUAUGAAGAGGACGAUGACCUUGUUGAGCCCAUCAAUGGCGGCGGCAGCAUCAUCUCCACCACAACAGAGAAGUCAAGCAUCCAGAUUUGGGAUGAUGACAUGGUAGCCCAGGUGGAAGGUUUUCUCGAGCACUUCGAGAAGCAGGUGCUGACCUUCAACGUCAUGACUCAGCAACACGUGGCAGGAUUCAACCGCACCGAGGAACAGCUCAUUCUGGAGAAGUUUGUGGUCGAAGACGAGCGGCGGCAGCUGGAGCGCGUGCGCGCGGCCGUUGCGCAGCACCAGCAGCAGGAGCAGCAGGAGGCCGCACGCGCGCGCCUUGCGUUCGCGCAGGCGCAGGCCGCGGGCGGGUGGCAGGCGGCGCAGCCCGCUGCAUCGUGGCAGGCGAUCGUGGCUGCGGGACGCGGCGAAGGUGCCGGCUCCCGCGGGCAGGCGCUGGCACCGGCCGUGGUGCAGCAGCAGCAGCAGCAGCAGCAGGAGACGAUGAUGACCGCGGGCGCCUGGCAGGCGCUCGCCGCGGCGGUGUCGCGCGGCGAGGGGGGUUCCAAUGAGCAGGCUCUGAUACAUGCCGUGAUGGUGCAGCACAUGCAGCGGCAGAGGCAGCAGGAGGAGAUGAUGGCCGCGGCGUCACGCGGCGAGGGUGCAUCCUGCGGGCAGGCGCUGCCACCGGCGGCCAUGGUAACACAGCUGAUGCAGCAACAGAACCAGCAGCGGCAGCAGGAGGAGAUGAUGACGGCGGCGUUUCGCGGCGAAGUGGCCUCCGGCGAGCAGCAGGCGCUGGCGUCGGCCGUGAUGAUGCGGCAGCUGCAUAUGCUGCAGCACCAGCAGGAGGUGAUGGCGGCCGGCGGGUGGCAACUGGGCCUGGGCGGGCGGCAGACAUACGUAGCGCCUCGCGGUGACGGCAGCUCGAGCUCUCAGCCGGCGUUGCCUCCUGCGAUGCUGCAGCUGCAGCAGCCAGGCCCAGGACAGGGGCAGGCCAGCGUUGCUGGGAGUGGGAUGGCGCUUCCGUGGCAUGGGAUCGCCGAGGGAAGGGAGCAGUAG